UUUCACAGCGGGUCGAUGUUGAUCACCUCUCGUUUCAUCCCAUGUGAUAUUAUUUUAUCCCCGCCAUCUUUACAAAAGCUUAUCCAAAAGCCACCCUCCCACUCUACUGCGCUAAGCAGAGAGAUGGCUCUCCUUUCACCUCUCCUUUCUCUCUCCUCUGCUCCUCCUUUAACCUCCAUUGCUAUUUCUUCUUCCUUCCCAAUCAGGCUGCAAAAUGUGUGUGUUGCAUUGCAUCCAACCUUUGGACACAGCUUACAGGCUCAUGGACCCGUAAUUGCUCAAAAGAGAGGCAUUGUCGUUGCAAUGGUCUCAGCUGCAGAGGAGCCUGUUGGAGAAGGUGGAGAUCAGUCACCAGAUGAGGAAGAUAAGAAAUCAGUUGAGAAUCUUCCACUGGAGUCAAAGUUGCAAAUGAAGCUUGAACAGAAGUUAAAGAUGAAAUUGGCAAAGAAGAUUAGACUCCGGAGGAAUCGUCUAAUGCGAAAAAGAAAGAUGAGGAAGAAGGGCCGAUGGCCACCUUCAAAGAUGAAGAAGCUCAAGAAUGUGUAAGAGAAGCAGCAGUCAGGUCACUAACUGUUUGGCUUAAGAAAAAAAAAAUUUUAAUACUCCUUUUGUAGCAUGUUUGGUAUUUUGUUCUAGCAGAGAAAUCUUGUCCUGUAGAUGCCGAAGUUGAUGAGAAACAUAGAUAUGCACAACUUUUUCCAAUUCAGCAGAAUGUAUAUGUUUGAACAAUUUGUACUUGUUUUUUCUGUUUGCAACAAUCUAUCAAGGGCAAUGUAGAUCAUUUUUCCUA